AUGAGUGAAACAUCGUUAAGACCAGUCGAUCUAGUCAACCAACCUGCUCAAUAUCAAGAUAGAUAUAAGAUUGUUCAUAAACUGUAUGAUCAUUUGGUGAAAUUGAAAGGAGAGAAACAUUCACAAAGAUGGAUUAAAUUAGCAGUGAUGUUAGAAGCACACGUAGCUAAGUUGAGUAAAAGCAACCAAGGUUAUAGAUUUACUAUUAAUGUACUGAUCCGUGAUUUCAUUAAACAUAAAGGCAAUAUUAAUAAAAUUGUGGUUGCUGGUAGACCAUUGAUACCUGGUAAUAAUAGAUCGGAUAGAAUUGAGAAUAUAGAUUCUGGCUCGUCUAUCCUUUUAAGGAAUGUUAACAAUAUAUUAGAAGAAUUAAACAAAUUGGUUCUUGAUGAAGAUCAAAUGAGUAGAAACAGUUAUAUUACUAGAAGACAAGUAAACGAGUAUGUUGGUGAACUUAGAGAUACAGCUAGUGUGAAUAGGUCUCUGUAUGUUGAUUGUUCUCGUUGUAUGAUGAAAUUUAAAAGAACAGACAUAAAAAGAAAAGUUAUGUGUAAAUAUCAUCCAUCGAAGAAAAUAUAUAAUUUCGAUAAAAAAAUAUAUGAGUAUCCAUGUUGUGGUGAGACUAGUGAAUCUGUUUCAUCACAAAGGUUGGGUUGUCAAGUGUUUCAACAUCAUGUCUUUAAAGAUGAAGGGUAUAGCUUGUUAUCUAAAAUAUCGCCAUUUGUGGAUACAGAAAAAGUUGAUGGGGAGACAAAUGUGAUAUCUAUUGAUUGUGAGAUGGGGUUUACGACAUUAGGAUAUGAGAUGAUACGAUUGACUAUGAUAGAUUUUUUCACGAGCCGGGUAUUAUUUGACAAGGUAACCAGGCCUAUUGGAGAGAUAAUAGAUUUAAAUUCAAGGUAUAGUGGGAUCUAUGAGAUUAAUAAAGACAAUUCGAUAUCUUAUGAGGAGGUAUUGAAAGAGAUUUUGGGACCUAGGAUGAUAAACAAGAAUAGUAUAUUAAUUGGGCAUGGGUUUGAAAAUGAUUUAAAUGUGAUACGAUUGAUCCAUGAUAAAUGUAUUGAUACUUCUAUAAUGUUUCUUAGAAAGGAUAAAUAUAAACAAGCAUUAAAGGAUUUAGCGUUUAAGAUGUUAGGUACGAAGAUUCAGAUGGGGGAACAUGAUAGUGCUAUUGAUGCUAUAACUACCAUGAAUCUUGUUAAGAAAUACUUGAAUAUACCUUUAGAUAAAAAGGACUGGGAUAUGAAAACUUGA